ACUGCUUUCAUCUUUUUAAACCACCAUACAACACACUUAUAAUACUCUCAAUUUCUACGAAACUAAUCAUGAAGUUUCUCAUAGUUAUAUCCGCACUUUGUGCUAGUUCUCUCGCACUUAAUAUCCUACAGAAGGACAACACUAUCCGCAGCAUCAAAGAUACCGAGCUCAUUGCUAGACAAUACGCUUCAUGCUGCAAAAACAGCUUUACUCCGCCCUGUGCUUGCCCAGGUAACUGCGGCAGUGGAUGCAGUCAAGCUUGUUGCUAGUCUAUUAUUAUCUACACUCCAAUUCGUCAAAUAAGAUUUCCACCAUUGCUUCAACUCACAACAUGUGGUAGCCUAUACCAGGCCGCAGAAGCAAUAACUUAGGCUAAGCCAACGCGACUGUAAUAGGCUAAACGCCCUUCGCCUCCCAUACUCGUUUAGAACCUCGUUUACUCCACCUACCCAGCCCAAUUGCUUUUCCAGCAACCAGCAUUGUAUAUAGAUAGCUACAUAGCUAAGAGCUUAGCUCUCUAUCGAAUACAAUCUUGUUAC